GCGUCGCAUUCUCAUUGGCUGGCGACGGGUAAGGCACGCAGCCGGAGGCCAUUUCCAACGAGCUGGCGGGGGCGAAAGAUGGCGACACCCCUUGGGUGGUCGCAGGGGGGCUCCGGAUCUGUGUGUCUCGCCUUCGAUCAACUGCGGGACGUGAUUGAAUCUCAAGAGGAACUGAUCCACCAGCUGAGGAAUGUGAUGGUUCUCCAGGAUGAAAAUUUUGUCAGUAAAGAAGAGUUCCAGGAGAUAGAGAAGAAACUGGUGGAUGAGAAAGCUGCUCAUGCCAAAACCAAGGCCCUCCUAGCCAAGGAAGAGGAGAAAUUGCAGUUUGCCCUUGGAGAGGUGGAGGUAUUGUCCAAGCAGCUGGAGAAAGAGAAGCUGGCCUUUGAAAAAGCGCUCUCCAGUGUUAAGAACAAAGUCCUGCAGGAGUCUAGCAAGAAGGACCAGCUCAUCACCAAGUGUAAUGAAAUUGAGUCUCACAUUAUAAAGCAAGAAGAUAUACUUAAUGGCAAAGAGAAUGAGAUUAAAGAGUUGCAGCAAGUUAUCAGCCAGCAGAAACAGAUUUUCAGGAAUCACAUGUCUGACUUCCGGAUCCAGAAGGAGCAGGAGAGCUACAUGGCCCAGGUGCUGGACCAGAAGCAUAAGAAAGCUGCAGGGAUGCGUCGGCCCCGGAGCCGCCAGUGUCCCAGGGAAAAAUAAAAUGCUACCUUCCUGUUCUCUGGCUAUAAUGCCCAACUUCUACCUUCUCUGUUCUGGGGAGACCAGCUCUUCCCAUCCAUCCCUGUGGGUCCUUCACCCCUCCAAGGAAAGCUGCUCUUCCUGUUGCCUCCUAGAACAAACCAAGGCACUAAGGGCUGCAUGGGGACAGGUCUGGGGACCUGGAGACUGCCACCACUGUACAGUCUCUUCUGAGCUUAUAA